AUGGCUCGCCGCGACAACCCUCCUGACCUCCAAAACACUCCCGCAAAGGGCAUCUCCUACUUCUCCCCCGAGCAAAGUCCCCCUGCAGGAACAGCUGCAAACCCUCAGACCGACGGCACUGUUCCUCCCAAGCUCUUCCAGCCUUUGACUAUUCGCGGUGUUACAUUCCACAAUCGCAUUGGCCUAUCCCCCCUCUGCCAAUACUCCGCCAAAGAUGGCCACAUGAAUGACUGGCACAUCGCGCACUUGGGCGGCAUCGCCCAGCGUGGUCCCGGAUUCAUCAUGGUCGAGGCAACCUCCGUCCUUCCCGAGGGUCGUAUCACACCCGAAGAUCUGGGUCUGUGGCAAGACUCCCAGAUCGAGCCUCUCCGCAGAACCGUUGAAUUCGUCCACAGCCAGAACCAAAUCAUUGGCGUCCAAAUAGCGCAUGCAGGCCGCAAGGCCAGCACCGUUGCUCCGUGGUUGUCAUUCGGCGAUGUCGCGCUUGAGAAGAACGGAGGAUGGCCCAAUAAUGUCAAGGGACCUAGUGAUAUCCCCUUUUCCGACAGCUUCCCUCUCCCCAAGGCUAUGACGAAGCAGGAUAUUGAAGACUUGAAAAAGGCCUGGGUUGACGCUGUCAAGCGCGCUGUCAAGGCCGGCGCCGACUUUGUCGAGAUUCACGGUGCGCACGGCUAUCUCCUAUGCUCUUUCAUGUCACCUCAAUCCAACAACCGAACCGAUGAAUACGGCGGCAGCUUCGAGAAUCGUAUUCGAUUAGUCCUCGAAAUCGCGCAGUUGACUCGUGAGACUGUCGGGCCGAAUUUCCCUGUCUUCCUCCGUAUUUCUGCCACGGAAUGGUUGGAAGAAAGCAAAGCCGGUGAACCUAGCUGGACGUUAGAAGACUCUGUAAAAUUGGCCAAGAUCCUUGCUGAUCAGGGUGCUAUUGACUUGCUCGACGUCAGUUCGGGAGGUAACAAUGCCGCGCAAAAGAUCAAGGGCGGUCCUGCUUUCCAGGCCCCAUUCGCCGUGGAAAUCAAGAAGGCUGUUGGUGAUAAACUACUCGUCUCCAGUGUCGGUAGCAUCACCUCCGGUAAACUGGCUAACAAGUUAUUGGAAGAAGAUGGUUUGGACUUCACGUUUGUCGGUCGUGGAUUCCAAAAGAACACCAGUCUUGCGUGGACAUGGGCUGAGGAGUUGGAUUUGGAGGUUAGCGCGGCAAACCAGAUUCGCUGGGCAUUUUCGCACCGUGGUGCUGGCUCGAAGUUCUUGCAGAAGCCCAGUACUAGGUCUCAUCAUUAGCGUUGGAUAGACGUGGAGUUGUGGUGCAUAUAGAUCGUUAUGUUUAGACAGUUAGUUAAUGACCAGCAUGAUUUUAGC